AGUUUAGUUGCUGAGAACACUGCCACAAUGUCUACCAGUCAGCACCGCAACUCCAUCGACCGUCCCACCAGCUACCACCCCCCUCCCUCCAGCUACCACGGCCCUGGGUCUGUGGACCGACCCUUGUUUCCUGUCGGGUCGGGAAUCAAAAUACCACAGGUCGGCGACCACGCUUCAGUCGCACCGAGCAGCCCCUUUGUUCCCGUCACCUAUCUCACACGAGAGAAAACCCACGUCCCUACGGCCUACCUGAAGAAGAUCAGCUGCGAUUUGACUUUCACGCAGGAUGUAGUAGAAUCGCGUGCCGUGCACACACUUCCGUACAGCUUGGACAGACUAAAACAAGCCUUGGACUACCGUAACAUCAUCAAGGUGAAAACAGCCAGGCCCAAGAUGGUGGAUGGGCGACACGACCGCAGGGGUCUGGACACGAAACACCUGCCCUGUCACCUGCAGAGGAGACAUCCUUACAGGUUAAGGCCUCUGGGCAAGAAGGAACAACAAAGGCAGGAGGCACAAGAUGAAGAAAUGACUGAGCCUCAGACAGGAACUUUCCUUACAGAAGUCAAGGAGGGAAAAGGGCAGAAAAAGGGGAAAGAUAAAGUAGAGACUGAUGUGGAAGUGGAGGCACCGAUUCCUGUUGUAAGGAUGAAGGCACCACACGACUGGGAUGAGUACGUCAUGACCAAGCUGAGUCGUGGCACGGCGCGGUGGAUCGUACGGGAGAGAGUUCCCGCGGGGGAACAGAAGGAACGACUGGACAGGUUUCUGGAGCAGAGAUACGGGAAGAGGCCAGAGUUUGUGUACAAGGAGGAAACAUCACUGAGUUUGAAACAAGAUCGCUCCAAAAAGAAAGUAACAAUACAAGAAACGUCCAAAGGAAAGGUGCCCACACCACCCGAGUCCAAGUCUGUUGUACCCUAUGAGGACCCCACCCAGACUCUGGGCACAUAUUACCAGCUUCCUGGGAGACAUUCCAAGAAAGUGGAGUACAGAGAACCAGGUGCCACUAACAACACAGCUGAAGUGGUUCAGGUGAAGCCCCUAAAGCCGCCGCCCCCUCCCACCCUGGAGGAGCUGCUGAACCCUGCCCUGGAGGUCUUCAUCUACAGAACCACCAACCAGUUUGAGAGGGAACUGCUCUCAGGUAUGGCCAGCCAAGUGUACCAGAAGACUGGAGACAAACACAGGAUAUUCAUGGACAGUCAUGCAGAGUACAAGACUGAACUACAGACUCAGUACCCACCAGACCCGCUCAUGUGGCUAUCAGAGGAGGAGAGGGAACAAGCCAGGAAACCCACCAAGAUCAUCAGGGGUCUGCAGCGCUGGACCAAACUGCCCGAGCCUGCUGAUUUUGCAUCAGAAGGGGGCGUUGUUCCACCCAAGCCUGAGGACACGUCACCAAAGAAGCGAGACGAUGGCAAACAGAAGGCUCGAGAGGAACGGGAUGCUGACCCGCUGUUGAGAAUAGUUGAGGAGUGGCGAGACAAGUUCUACCUGAAGAACCAGUGGCAGGACUGCACUAUUGACAGCCUGCUGGAGUCCAUGGAGGACGUGCACGAGAUCACGCGCCUCAUCGCGGUGACGGUCUGCUGCCGGGCCGCCGCUCAUCGCGCUCUACCUGAGGACGAUAUGUCCAACGACUCGGGCAUGGUUGUGAUGAAGGCGGAGACUGGCCCCAAACAGGGCGUCCUGCCCAGCAGGCUGGUGGAGGGGGUGGAGCGACUGCUGGAGGACCCUGUGCUCAAAGUGCGCAUGGCAUCUGCCAUCUGCUUCUACACCAUGGACAGACACAACGACAAGGCGAGAGCCAUGAUGUUCAGUAUGCUGCAGGAGGGAGGGCCGGCGCAGCGCUGGCUGGCGGCACAGUGCCUGGCCACGGCGGGGGAGGUGGAGCCGCACAUCGUCAGCGAGAUUGUGUUUCAGCUCUUCAACACCAACAGUGACAUGCGGCGAGACCAGGCUAUCAUCAUGCUCAGCAAGAUGAGUCAGAACACGACGCUGGUCCACUCCAUGCUGGCUGAACAGCUGAACAGCAGCAGCUGGACCAGACGCGUGCUGUCCUGUAAGGUCAUCCCCAAGCUGUAUGGACCCAUCAACAAGGACCUGAUGCACAAGCUGUCCACACUGAUGUGGCAUGACUGGAGCAGCGAGGUGCGGAAGGCCGCCGCGCAGACUCUGGGACGCACCGGGCACGGGAAGGAGGUCCACAAUGACCUGCACUUCCGCCUGACCAACGGCAACGAACGAGAGAAAAUCGACGCACUGAACAAGAUCGGCCACCUCGGCAUCAUGACCGCUCGGCUGCUCCCUCCCUUCAUGGAGUGUUUCCAGGACCCAUAUAUCUCUGUCCGCAUCGAAGUCUGCAACACCGCAGGGCACCUCAAGAUCACGGACGACGCAGCACUCAACACGCUCUUGGAGAUGGCGCAGUUUGACCCCUGCUGGAAGGUCAAGGCUCAUGCUAUCCAUGCCCUGGGUCAGAUCGGGAUGAUGACGGAGGAGAUCGUGGAGAAGCUUCUCUGGGCGCUGAAGUAUGAUGACACGCCGGGCGUACGGGCGCAGGCGUGCCGCGCCAUCACCCAGCUGGGUCUCCAUGACGACGAUGUCAUCGCUGUCCUGCAGGACAGGACCAUCGUGGAGCCUGAUGACAUCGUACGAAGUGAAGUAGUGGAGGCUCUUCAAUCUCUUGGGCUCACUCCCACUGGAGACCUGGAGACACUGCAGGCAAUUAAGAAUGAAGUGGGGAGACUGUGCACUAGAGGGAACAUCGCUGCCAAGAUUACAAAGAAGGAACAGCGGGAUGACAGGACUGAGAACAAAGACCGUCUGUUGUCCUCCUCAGAACCUCCGGUGAAACAGGAACGAGCUGUCCCCAGUCGUUCCAGUAAGAGUCGAAGCUCAGCCCACCCCACUAUUGUUGUAAGUGAGGAUGGCUUGGACCGUAACGAUACACCCUGGAGCGUUGCAGAUGCUGAAAUCCGAGCCCUACUGCACGGCAGGGCCAGUGCAGGUCUGAGUCCUGAAGGACACCGUGCAGUGCCAGAACAGUCCACUCCAGAGGAGGGGGAGAGUGGGGAGACCCACUGGACACAAGUACAGACGUACCACGAGGUGGUUGAACCAGCUGCUGGGGUACCAACAUUAGAGGACGAUGUUCAGAUGCUUGUCAUUCACCACGAGGACACCACCCUCUCAGAAACCACGGACCAAAGAUCAGCCACAACUGAUAAGGAAACGGUAGACAGAACUAAAUCUGAAUCCAAAAUGUCGGAAGGAACCGUGAAGACGGUAACCUCACAAGCAACACAAGCAGGACAGUCUGUGUCGGAUGUAGAGUCAUCAAAACAGAGCGUCGGUAGUAAGCCAGGAGUAGCAAAGUUACCUGCAGAGACUGAGGAAUCUGACGUGCCUCAGUCUGAGGUUACAGGAUCUGUGAUGUCAGCGGCUUCUCCUGAGGCUCAGCACAGGGAGGAGGAGGGAGAAGAAGAGGGAGAAGAUGAUGGAGAAGAAGAGGAAGAGGCAGAGGAAGGCGAGGAAGUGAUGGAGCAGGGGGAAGAUGAAGAUGCUGAUGAUGAAGAUGAUGGCAAAGAUGAUGAUGAAGAUGAUGAUGAUGGGGAUGAUGAAGAUGAUUAACUGAUCCUGACAGGUGAUGGAGCAAAAGGAUGAAAAUGAUGGUGAAGAUGAUGAUGAAGACAGACGAUGGUUACUGAUCCAUAUCAUUAGAAAGUGAAAGAAGACACUUUCAUCU